AAUAGCCGCUCCAGCAUUCCCAACUCCGAUCCCGGUCAAGCAGCAGAAAUGGACCCGACAGCCUCAGAGGAUCCCGGCCGCAUGCUGGCCAGGUUCAUGUCCAGGUUGACACACGAUUCGGAUGACGAAUGCAUCACUUCAAUCCGCUGCAACGGCAGAGCUUUUCACAUCCAUAUGUCACCAUCCUACUUCCGCGAUUCGCCCACUACAGAGGCUCGAUAUCGCAAAUUCCUCGAAGCCGUUCGAGACGAGUGCGAGGAGGACCCUGAAGAGGUUGAAAGUGUGUUUUACGAGUGGCUCAUCGAAGUCUUUCAGCCCAUCUUCUCUCGGCUUGCCCCAGAGGCCCUGCCGUCGUUCGACCCCGCCAAGAUUCGUGCAGGAGAGGCCAAACCUCUGCUGUCUGAAUAUCUCUUUCCUGAGACCUUCGGGUGCAAGCUAGAGGCGGUCAACGACACACUGGUCCCUUUACAUACAGACGAUUCGGGCGGCUUGAUGCCACCGGGUGCCUGGGUAGACGAAGAUCUACUCGACGAUCUCGACACGUGGGCGAAGUCAUUUGACCCAUCCGCUAUCGAGGUGUUCUUUGAGGACGCCGACCAUGCCCUCUAUCGGAUGCCUACUCGUGUUCUGGUCAACUUGGACGGGUCUAACCGGAAGACUGCAUGCUUCUUCAAGGAGUUUGGGUGUGGCGAAGGGCGUCUUAUGGAAAAGGAGCUCGAGAAGUAUUUGGAGAUGCACAAAUCGAAGUUGGCCCAAGACACGCGCGUCAUCCGUCUCGAAGGCAUCGUGAAGGGGGGGAAUGGCUCUGUCAUGGGCUUGUUGCUGACGUAUGUCGAUCACAGCGGACAUGGUUUGCUGGCGUAUAGCUUGAAUGAUGACACCCCGCUUCACGUGAAGGAGCGGUGGGCAAGGCAGGUCCGAGAAACGGUCGGGGAGCUGCAUGAGGCGGGUAUCAUCUGGGGAGAUGCCAAGGCGGGCAAUGUCAUGAUCGACAGAAACGAAAACGCGUGGAUUGUUGACUUUGGCGGCGGCUAUACUCUAGGUUGGGUGGACGAAGACAAAGCCGGCACGGUAGAGGGCGAUAUCCAGGGAGUAGAGAGGAUUGUCGAGUAUAUAUUCAAUGAGGAUUGGGCACGGAAUGGAAGGUGA